CGCUCACAUGCAUUUGUUGUUUCCAAGUCCAAGUUAACCCUUUUUCCAUAAAAGUAUCCUCUGGCGGUGUACCUCUUAAGUACGAUCACACAAGAUCCCUGCCGAAACUAGUUGCAGAAGGACCUUUUGGUUCUUAUGGCUGAGCACACCGUUGCGGUCACUCUCCUCCCCAUAGCUGAGGAAGACGACCAGACCUCACCAUAUCCCUGUCCCCUCAAUCCUCAUGCUUAUAUACUUGUACUUUGUGCCCACGGAUGCCUCACAGAUUCAGACCAGAAGCUGUCAGAGAAGGAACGCCAUGGCAUCCGGUGCUUCAAGAACCGUCAGGUUUCAGAAUGACAUCGACGUGCAUCACUUCAGCACGAGCCCGUUGGAACUGGAGAGCCCACCACCAUCAUCGGGCAGAGAAGGCAGCAAAUGCCCGACGAGGUGCUGGCCAGGAUCCCGUAGUACUGCCUCCCCGGAGAAGGAGAAAUGGCCGCGCCUCAAGGACGGCAGGGUCCUCUCGCGGGCGUUCUCGGAGGAGCUCGAGUCGCUGAUGCACGCCGGCGGCGGCGGGGGCGGCCGCAUCUCCUUCUUGUUCGACCCGCGCGGGCAGGUGAUCCAGCUGUGGCACAAGGUGUUCCUGGCGGCGUGCCUGGCGUCGCUCUUCGUGGACCCGCUGUUCCUGUACCUGACGGGCACGCGGCCGCGGCGGCGUUGGCUGGGGGACGACGACGGCGCCGUGGGCGGCGCGUGCGUGGAGUUCGAGCACUCGCUGGCGCUGGCGCUCUCCGUGGCCCGGUCGCUGCUGGACGCCUUCUACGCCGCGCAUAUCCUCCUCCGCUUCCGCACCGCCUUCAUCGCGCCCUCGUCCAGGGUGUUCGGCAGAGGGGAGCUCGUCGUCCGCCCGUACCUGAUCGCCAGGAGGUACCUCGCUUCCGCCUUCUGGUUCGACCUCAUCACCGCGCUGCCUCUGCCACAGUUUGUGAUCUGGGGCGUGGUGCCGAGGCUGAGGGAAUCGGCGACGGCAAACCGGAAGAACAUGCUCCGCUUCAGCAUCAUCUUCCAGUACCUGCCGCGCCUGCUGCAGAUCUUCCCGCUCACCAGGAAGAUUGUCAUGGCGACAGGGGUCAUGACGGAGAACGCCUGGGCCGGAGCCGCCUACAACCUCAUCCUCUACAUGCUCGCCAGCCACGUGCUUGGAGCGCUGUGGUACCUCUUCUCGGUGCAGCGGCAGGAGGAGUGCUGGAGGGCGGCGUGCCGGCUGGAGGGCCCCCCUUGCGAGCCGCGGUUCUUCGACUGCACGACGACCGUCGUGAGUACCGGCGGCAACGAAGACAUCUGGCACGCCCUGAGCAACGUCACGAGCCUGUGCACGCCGCCCAGCAGCAACGGCAACGGCAACGGCGGCUUCUACCAGUUCGGGAUCUACGCGGACGCGCUGGACGCGAAGCUGACGUCGUCCCCAUUCGCGCGCAAGUGCUUCUACAGCUUCUGGUGGGGGCUGAAGAACCUGAGCUGCCUGGGCCAGAACCUGUCCACGAGCCUCUCCAUCGGCGAGAUCAUCUUCGCCAUCGUGAUCGGCGUCCUGGGGCUGGUCCUCUUCGCGCUGCUGAUCGGCAACAUGCAGUCGUACCUGCAGGCGACGACGGUGCGGCUGGAGGAGUGGCGCACCAAGCGGGCGGACAUGGAGCGGUGGAUGCGGCACCGCCAGAUCCCGCCGCCGCUGCGGCUGGCGGUCCGGCGGCACCACCAGUACCGGUGGGUGGCCACCAGGGGCGUCGACGAGGAGGCGCUGCUCAGGGACCUCCCCAUGGACAUCCGCCGCGGCAUCAAGCGGCACCUCUGCCUGGAUCUGGUCCGGAGGGUGCCGCUGUUCGACGAGAUGGACGAGCGGAUGCUGGAGGCCAUCUGCGAGCGGCUGCGGCCGGCGCUGUACACGAGGGGGACGCGGCUGGUGCGGGAGAUGGACCCCGUGGACUCCAUGGUGUUCAUCAUCAGGGGGAAGCUCGAUUCCAACACCACGCAGGGGGGGAGAGCCGGGUUCUUCAACUCGUGCCGGAUCGGGGAAGGGGAGUUCUGCGGGGAGGAGCUGCUGACCUGGGCGCUGGACCCGCGGCCGGAGGGGGAGGCGAAGGCGGCGCGGCUGCCCCGGUCCACGCGCACCGUCAGGGCCGUGUCCGAGGUCGAGGCGUUCGCGCUCGUGGCCGACGACCUCCGCUUCGUCGCGUCGCGGUUCCGGCGGCUGCACAGCGCGCGCGUCCGGCACAGGUUCCGGUUCUACUCGCACCAGUGGCGCACCUGGGCGGCGUGCUUCGUCCAGGCCGCCUGGCGCAGGCACAAGCGGCGGCGCGCGUCGAUGGAGCUCAGGAUCCGGGAGGGCGGCGAGGCGUGGUGGGGGCCUGGAGGGAGCGUGAGGCGCCGUCGGCAGAGUUGCGAUGGGAAGGCGCCGCUCAGGAAACCCACCGAGCCGGAUUUCACUGUGGAAGUCGAACAAGAGGAGGACUGAAUUGUUUCUUGCUUCUUCUGUCAACUAGGCGACUAGCUAGGCUAAAACCCCUGAUGUGCAGUGUGCAGAUACACAUAUAAACCCCUUCACGAAGCAAAGAUGCCUUUCAACUGUGAGUGGGAUAAGAUUUUUAAGUGGAAAUAAUUAUACUCCGUA